UUUACACAACGCUCUAUUUAGCACUGCAUUUCCAAAGGAAACACUUUCAACAAACCUAGAAAACCAGAAAACAAUGGUGUUUCUCUCUGUACCAAACGGGAAGAUAAUCUCUUUCAAUCUAAACCCAAAUGCUGCCUCCCUGUCUACCCUGAGACAAUUCAUUCACCGCCAUACCCAAAUCCCACUUUCUCUCCUUCACCGGCAUCUCAUCUUCCCCAAACCUUCUGCUUCCCUCGUUUCCCACGAUCCCGACUCAGUUCUCCUCUCCCAACUCGGAAUCACUCACUACACGACAUUAACCCUCCACGUGCCUCUUCUUGGGGGUACCCAGCUACCCGUUCCGCCAAAACCCCGUCUUGACUUCCUCAACUCCAAGCCUCCUCAGAAUUAUGUUGCCGGUUUGGGUCGUGGUGCUACGGGUUUCACCACCCGGUCUGACAUUGGUCCGGCUCGUGCUGCUCCUGACCUUCCUGAUCGGUCUGCUACCACAAUUGGAGGCGCUGCGAGCUCUGCUGGACUUGGCCGUGGGCGAGGGAAGCCUGGAGAAGAAGAUGAGGAAGAUGAAGGAGACGACAAAGGGUAUGAUGAGAAUCAGAAGUUUGAUGAGUUUGAAGGGAAUGAUGUGGGCUUGUUUGCUUCUUCCGAGUAUGAUGAAGAUGAUAAAGAGGCGGAUGCGGUAUGGGACGCGAUUGAGAAGAGGAUGGAUUCUCGCAGAAAGGAUCGUAGAGAGGCAAAGUUGAAGGAAGAUAUUGAGAAAUACAGAGCUUCCAACCCGAAAAUCACUGAGCAAUUUGCUGAUUUGAAAAGAAAGUUGUACGCUUUGUCUGCACAAGAAUGGGAAAGUAUUCCUGAAAUUGGAGAUUAUUCACUGAGGAACAAGAAAAGGAGGUUUGAGAGCUUUGUACCAGUGCCAGAUACAUUGUUAGAGAACGCAAGGCAGGAGCGCGAGCAUGUUACGGCAUUAGACCCGAAGAGCACAGCUGGUGGAACAGAAACCCCCUGGUCACAGACACCUGUCACGGACUUGACUGCGGUUGGUGAAGGGAGAGGUACAGUUUUGUCAUUGAAGUUGGAUAGGUUGUCAGAUUCAGUCUCUGGUUUGACUGUUGUGGAUCCAAAAUGGUACUUGCCUGACUUGAGGAGUAUGAAGAUCACCAGUGAUGCAGAGAUUUCGGAUAUUAAGAAGGCGAGGUUGUUGUUGAAGAGUGUAACACAGACAAAUCCCAAGCACCCACCUGGUUGGAUUGCGGCUGCAAGGCUUGAGGAGGUGGCAGGGAAGAUUCAGGCAGCUAGGCAGUUGAUACAGAAAGGAUGUGAGGAGUGUCCUAAGAAUGAGGAUGUUUGGUUGGAGGCGUGUAGGCUGGCGAGCCCAGAUGAUGCAAAGGCUGUUAUUGCUAGGGGAGUGAAGAUGAUACCUAAUUCUGUGAAGUUGUGGUUGCAGGCUGCAAAGUUGGAACAUGACGAUGUGAAUAAGAGCAGGGUGUUGAGGAAGGGAUUGGAGCAUAUUCCAGAUUCUGUGAGGCUCUGGAAGGCUGUUGUUGAGUUGUCAAAUGAAGAGGAUGCUAGGAUUUUGCUCCACAGGGCUGUUGAGUGUUGUCCACUGCAUGUGGAGCUGUGGUUGGCACUAGCAAGGCUAGAGACCUAUGAUAAUGCAAAGAAAGUGCUUAAUAGGGCGAGAGAAAAGCUGCUUAAGGAGCCUGCUAUAUGGAUAAUGGCUGCAAAACUGGAAGAGGCAAAUGGGAAUACUGCUAUGGUGGGGAAGAUUAUUGAGAGGGGUAUAAGAGCUUUGCAGAGAGAAGGGUUGGGUAUUGAUAGGGAAGCUUGGAUGAAGGAGGCUGAGGCCGCUGAAAGGGCAGGAUCUGUUGCAACUUGUCAGGCAAUUAUUCGAAACACGAUUGGGAUUGGAGUGGAAGAAGAGGAUAGAAAGAGGACUUGGGUUGCUGAUGCAGAAGAGUGCAAGAAGAGGGGUUCCAUUGAGACUGCUAGAGCUAUUUAUGCUCAUGCCCUCACUGUCUUCUUGACUAAGAAGAGCAUUUGGCUUAAAGCAGCUCAACUUGAAAAAAGUCAUGGAACUAGGGAGUCUCUUGAUGCUUUACUGCGUAAGGCAGUCACCUACAGACCACAGGCUGAGGUCCUGUGGCUUAUGGGCGCUAAAGAGAAGUGGCUUGCUGGGGAUGUGCCAGCUGCUCGAGCAAUUCUUCAGGAGGCAUAUGCUGCAAUACCCAACUCAGAGGAAAUUUGGCUUGCAGCAUUCAAGCUUGAGUUUGAGAAUAAUGAGUCAGAGAGAGCCAGAAAGCUUCUUGCCAAGGCAAGGGAAAAAGGAGGCACAGAGAGGGUAUGGAUGAAAUCAGCAAUUGUUGAGAGAGAGUUGGGAAAUGUUGAGGAGGAGAGGAGGUUGCUUGAUGAAGGGUUGGAGAAGUUCCCUUCAUUCUUCAAGUUGUGGUUGAUGCUUGGGCAACUUGAGGAGCGUCUUGGCCUCUUGGAACAAGCUAAGGGUGCAUAUGAAUUGGGGUUGAAGCACUGCCCAAGUUGCAUACCCCUUUGGUUAUCCCUUGCUAGUCUUGAAGAGAAAAUGAAUGGCCUUAAUAAAGCUCGAGCAGUGCUCACUAUGGCUAGAAAGAAGAAUCCUCAAACCCCUGAGCUCUGGCUAGCUGCAAUUCGAGCUGAAUCAAGGCAUGGCUACAAGAAGGAGGCAGACAUCUUGAUGGCAAAGGCACUACAGGAGUGUCCAAACAGUGGUAUAUUGUGGGCAUUGUCCAUUGAGAUGGUGCCCCGGCCCAGCCGAAAAUCCAGGAGCAUGGAUGCUGUCAAGAAGUGUGAUCAUGAUCCCCAUGUUAUUGCUGCUGUAGCGAAGCUCUUUUGGCAUGACAGAAAGGUGGAUAAAGCGAGGACGUGGCUUAACAGGGCAGUGACACUUGCUCCAGAUAUUGGGGAUUUCUGGGCUUUAUAUUACAAAUUUGAACUUCAACACGGGACAGAGGAGAGCCAGAAGGAUGUUUUGGCAAGAUGUAUUGCUGCAGAGCCGAAGCAUGGUGAGAGGUGGCAAGCUAUUUCUAAGGCUGUGGAGAACUCUCACCAACCUUGUGAAGCCAUCUUGAAAAAAUUAGUUGUUGCACUUGGAAAGGAGGAGAGUGCUGCCGAAAAUAGUAAACAAUAGUUAUUCGUGCUAGCAGAAACCCUUUUCUGACAUUGUAAUACCAGCGGCAUGUUUCCAUUAUAAACUUUGCUUUUGUAGGCAUUACUUUCUUUGUGAUAUCUUGAACAUAGAUUAUAUACAUACUGAAGCAUUUCUUUCUUUUAUUUACUUAA